AUGAAUGAAGAUAAGGAUGAUUUAACACUCCGAAGUAAAAUAGAGCAAAUAGCAAAUGAUCCGAAUCAAAAGAGAGAGUUAGUGAAGAAAGCUCUUUUUGGUGAAGUUCACCAAACACAACUUUCUACAAAUUAUUCUGAAACAAAAACUCACAAAGAUAGAUCUAACUUCAAACGUGUUAAAGCAAGAAAUAUUGUGAAUAAAUAUAAACUGUGGAGGUUUAAGAAUAGAGGUAUAACAUUUAAAACGAUAGACCAUAAUAAGUCGAAGCAAGUUGCUAAAAAUAAAAAAUGGCAAAUACAAACUGUUAUCGAAAAGUUCUACGAAGAUGAUAGUAAUAGUCGUCAAGUUGCUGGAAUAAAAGAACGUAAAGAAACAGAAACGUCACCUUUUAGAUUCAAUGUUGCCAAUUUUUUGACAUGUAUCCACAAAUUUACCUGGAAUUUCCACGAAGCUGGCCAUGGGAAAGGUGCACCAGAUGGAGUAGGUGCAACUUGUAAAAGAACUGCUGACCAAGUAAUUGCUCAAAAAGGCGAUAUAAUGACUUUGCACGAAUUUGCUGACACGUUACACAAAAAGUGUCCUGCAAUAAAAAUUACGAUUGUUCAAGAUGUUGAUAUCAAAAAAAUGGAUGAUCUGAUUAACGCAAAUCAGAAUGAACAGAUUUCUUUUCAAGGAACACUUAAGUUUCAUCAAAUUGCUGGCGAUGUUCAUCAUCCUAACCGUGUUGUAAUGAAAUCGUUAAGUUGCUUCUGUGAUCCUAUAAUUUGUGAACAUUAUAAGUUAGGAACAAUAGAAUUUAAAAGAAAUAAGAAACUUUCAGGGCGUCGUUUAACGCCUACAGUUCCAAAAAAAAAGACUCGAGAAACCAAGUAA